AUGACCUUCAGCAUGUCCGUUUUCGACCGUGACCUUCAAAAUUCGCCAGUCCAGCAGAUGAACCAACUUUCUGUUGCUCUCAGCGCCGUUGAGCAAGAGAUCCAAAUGCUUCAGGAUAGGUUAGAGGCACUGGAGAGAGAACGACAGCGACAAGACAUCCUGAUAGCGCUCCAGGACCAAUACAUCGAGGUUUUGGAAAAGGGGCUGGCAUUGGAGACACCGAUGUAUCGGACGGAAGAUAGCUAUAGAGAGAGCCGUAGCGCCACCCAGGUCGUCCAGUAG